GAACUUAGGAGGCUUCGCCGGGAUCUUAAACAUUCUCAGCGAUCUGUUUACAGCUGUGGGACGUAUAGCAACUUACGCACUCUAUUCAAGGCUUUCUUUUUGUUUUGUUUUUACUUUAAACUAACCCCAGUCCCGGCUGAGUUAACGACGGUUUGUCUAUAUGUCCAAUUUUUAAGUCGUACCUUAACCCCCCCUUCUAUUCGUAAUUAUUUAAGUGGCGUUAAGUUGCUGCAUUUAUUUUCGGCCGCGGAUUACCCGUUCACCAAAGGUUUCGUCCUCUCCCUCACUUUACGCGGUAUUGCUCGCCGAGCUUUCCACACACCGCGUCGUGCACCGCCGGUUUCUCCCUCUCUUUUGCUUCGGCUGUCAUCGUUUCUUUUGUUGAACGGUGAUCCACGCUCGGCUACUUUAUUAUGCGCCUUUUUUUUCGCCUUUUUCCUAAUGGCUCGUCUAGCUAAUAUCGUGCCGCCAUCACUCUGGCAAUUUGAUCCCGCCGUCACCUGACUCGGGGUGAUGUGGUUUUUACCGCCCAUGGGCUUUUUGUUACAUUUCGGUGCACAAAAGCAAUUCAGUUUGGUGAACGAUUGCUUCAUAUUCCUUUACUUAGUAUUCCUGGCAGUCCAUUAUGUCCUGUCAGCGCAUAUCGCCGUAUGAUUGAGUUGAUUCCCGCUCACCGCUCCUGCCCGGUUUUUCUUUUACCGGGUCCCUCGGGUGUAGUGCCGUUUACUAAGCGCAGUUUUGUUUCACAGUUUCGUACGUGUCUCUCUCACAUCGGUGUUCCACAUGCCGACCGUUACCGCGGUCACUCCUUUCGACGUGGAGCGGCCUCUUGGGCUUUUAGUUGCGGCGUACCCGGCGAGUUAAUACAAUUAUAUGGCGAUUGGUCCAGUGACUCUUAUAAGCUAUAUUUCCGAGUUUAG